AUGCGUCCGACCACAGUUUCACUAGCAUCAGUCUUAACGGGUUUCUUAGCAGCUUCCGGUGUUGGUAGUGCCCAUCCUGCCGAAUUCAACACUUCUCUCUCCCUUCAAGAUGAUUUCAUCGAACCUACUCCCACAAUUUUCAACGUAUCGUUUACAGAAGAGUAUGCUUCUCAUGUGUCUUCAGAUACUAUGAAAGCUCUCAUCACCCCAUUUCUACAGAAGAAACACGAUUAUGAUGAUAAUUGUCCCUAUGGACCAACAGCUACGACUUACACAACCAGCACAUAUCCGGGAUAUAUCACUAUAGUAUCUGGGGGAUACAUCCCAGGACAGCCCCUUGAGUUGGGUCCGCUACUCACAGUAGAGGGUGAGGAAAUAGAGACACAUAAGUGUGAUGUGACAAGCACUAAAGUUGUCAGUCUGGUUUACUCGGCCACCCCAAUAACUUGUGUGUCAGCUGAGACCACGGAGAUUGAGUAUUCAACUUCGACAUCAGAUAUUCUGGGUCCAACCCCAUAUGUCACUACGAUCACGCCAGCUCCAUCUGUAGAGACCAUCACUCCGACUGCUGGGCAAAUCAUCACGCAGACCGUGCGACAGACUGUACCACCCGCGGGAGCCGUCACAACUGUGGUAGUGAACGAUGGAAGUCGAUUGGGUGUUGGGAGUUUGGUAGGCUUAGUUGCUCCUGCAGUAGCUAUCAGGUUUCUGAUGUGA